AUGUCGAAUUCAAGCCUCGCCGCGCUGGAGGAGCAUACUCGCGAAUGGAGAGACGAGAUACAAGCCGACGCGGCGUUGUUCGUCCUCAACAACCCCGCCGACCCGAGGCUCUCGAGAGAGGAACAAUCAAGUGAGGUAGUAGAAGAUGCUCCCAGUGGCCUCUCCGAUGAGCUUCUUCAGCCACGUACAUCAGAGCUACGUCCGGCAGGCAUUCCACUAGUCUACCCCGGGUGGGAUGAACUUACCGACGGGAGAUUGUACGAGUUACACCCAUACAGGCCAGAGUACAACUUCGAGAAGCCGUUCUUUACCACGGGGCCGAAUGAUAUCGACGAACCGCCUGUCUCCCUUCCAGCCCAAAACAACAUGCUCUUCUCCGUCCACGCCCGAGAAUGGAUGUAUCCCGAUCAUGACUGGGAUAUAUUGCCGGCUGGGGUUGAUCAAGAAGUGUGGCAGCAAUUCUCAAAGUUUGGGAGGAUCGAGGUGUGGUUUUGGGUAAUGGAUCCCGAGCACCCAAGGGAGUCGGAUUACAUUGGCAUCGACUGGAUACUUCCACCUAAAGGUGUUCACCCGUACGAAUGGGCAAUGCUCACAAGAUAUAACAAGGUGGAGCAAUGGUUGGCAAUUGCGGAUCGCAAUCAACAGCUCCAUAGUCGGGCGGCGGAAGGGUCUCUCACGCCUGACGUUCGCACAAGUGAGCUCAGCACCGCUGGAUUCGUAAUGGCCGCAGAGUUCGCCGAGGAUCACAUCCGUGCCGACACCAUUUCUCCAGGUCAAGGUUUGACCAACUGUCAGGUAUGUUGCGGUGGUCCGCCAGGAGGAUUCAUCUGUCUGGGCUGCCAGAUGAACAAGUGA